CCGCCACAGUCUCGAUGAACUCGGCCUAUGGUGCAGUCGUCGCGCGCGAUUGCCGUUCUCCUGCCUAUAGAUAGGUCCGUACCUUGGUCGUUGGGCCGCGUGGAUUUGUUGUUUUGGAAACUUUCAGUUCCAGUCUUCGUCGUCGCGGCCGUAGAGAGCGGUUAGUUCUGCAACCAGGCGGCUGGUGGGUGCUGCUGUUGAUGAUGGUGUUGGUGGAAUGACUGUUUUUUUUUUGCAAACCUCGUCGACCAGUAUCUCGCUCAACACGAGAAAAGGGGGUUCCUCGCUGGAGACUGCGACCACUGCAGAUCAGUUGGACUCGCAUAGCGGUACCUGUGGGAACACAGUGCGGUUUUCGGUUCUUGCGCGCGCUCGUUGACUUUGACCACGUUGCAUACUUACGUUAAACUUUACAUCUACCGGAUCUUCGCGUGUGGUUCCUUCCUUAUGCUUCUGCAGUUGAGAUUCAUUCUUGAGUGAAGGUUAUUCUUUUUUCGCGUGCGUGCAGCUCUGACAUCACACGGGUCUGCUCGGUUGGAAUUUCUUGGGCGGCUUUCCGGUGAAUUCUUGAACCAUCGAAACGGACGAAGAAGCAAAGCAGCGAAGAAACGUAAAUCUUAGGAAUUUGCUGCACCUAACUCGCUUUGGAGCAUUCGUGGUUUCGUAUUGGAUGCGGAAAGUGGAGUGAAGCGGAGACGAGUGACGUGACAUCAUGACGGCUCUCCGGUGGGGAAAUAAAUUAUGCGUCCGGUAGCUCCCGGUGGCGAUGGGGGAUUAAACCUUUCGCUGCGACCCGAAGGGAGAUAGUUUUCGUGGUAGUGAACAUCAGAGCAGUUUACGGAGGUUUAAAGUUGUUUGCUAGGUGUUUAAGCCCGGUGGGUGGUAAGGAAGUUGCUAGUGGUGUAGGUUGUGACCAACCGAACGAAGAGGAAAUUGUGUUUGAAAAAGAAGUUCUCUGGGAUGAUUUUCGCUGGUAAUUGAAUGGAAUUCACAAAACGAUCAGUGCCUUGGUGUCGACAAUAAAUCACAAAAGUGCUUUUGUAAACUUGUGGAUCCAUUGUGCUGGGCUCAACCGAUUAUUUCAAAUGAUCCAGUAACAGGAAAUUUUACAUCUCGUUAACAAGCCACUUCAAAUGAGUACCGUCACCCCCAUCGUCGCCAUCACCGCUCAGCAUAACAAUUCAGUCGUCAUUGAAAAUUUCCAGAUCGUCUUGUGAUGUGCUGACCCAAGCCUAAGGCGAAAAUGAACUGCACGGCGCUCAACAGCAAUCAAAUUGAAACGACGCCCAACAACCAUCCUCGGUUGACGGUACCGACGGCUGCAACCCGAGCCUCCGUUGGAGUGCCGAUAUCGAAUGCUUCCACCAGUACCGGAAUUUUCUUCCACCACACCAACAACCUCUUGGACGUUCCGCACCCGAACAGCUCCGCGGAGGGAAAUUCACCAACCGAACUGAACAACUGCCGGAGAUUGACUGAAAAACCUCCGCUGGUCAAACGCCUAACCAUGGGUAUUCUUCGGACCGCCGAAGACAGUAGACCCCUGGUGCACAGCUCAUCGCCCUCGAGCUCCUCCAGCUCGUCUCAAACGAUCUCCGACGGCUAUGUCAACGAAGGCAUAUGCAGCGAAGCCGUUGAAGCGAACGUCGUGUUCAACAAGUUCGGUGAUUCAUGUCAACGGACGUUGGUUACGCAAGCCACCGUGGAAGGAUCGCCUCGCUUCAACCACAGCAUAGCCCUUUAUCCCCAAGCGGGUCCAACUGGGGCUCCCGUCCCCCUGCGAAACGAUUGUCUCAGCUUGAAGGAGCAACACGAACUCAAAGGAGCGCCUUGGUAUCAGGCCGGAAUCCCGCGGGAGAUCUCCCUGGAGGUGCUCUCCCGACAGAAUCCGGGAGCAUUUCUGGUGCGCCAGAGUACCACCAAACCAGGCUGUUUCGCUCUGUCCCUCAGAGUUCCCCCACCGGCACCAAAAGUAGCGCAUUAUUUAAUUUUAAGGACGAUACGAGGUUAUAAGAUUAAGGGCUUUACCAAGGAAUUCAGCUCACUGCGAGCGUUGAUAACGCACCACUCUGUGAUGCCAGAGUUGCUCCCGGUUCCGCUGGCCUUACCUAGACCCCCACAGGUCGGCCCACGCCAGGAGGAUCCGGAAAUGUAUGGAUCGCUGAACGAGUUUCAAAAAAUUAUGGCAGAAUAACCCUUCUAGUUAGACCAGUUGUGGCGGAACAUUGUGAAAGACUUGGCUAGUCAUUUAAACCCCAGUUAGGACCAGAGAGAGGAUUGUAGGCGUUAACAAAUGGAAAAUGUUAAAAAGGAACUCUGAAAAUUUUGGCUUUAAUUCCAAACUUAAAACGACGUUAAGGAAAUCAAGUUCAAUUUAUUUAGGCAUUAGUAAACGGAUGCGUGUAUCCAAUUGUUGAAACAAUUUAUUAGACCUAUGUAGUAAAAUUUAAAUAAUACAUUUAUUAGAUAUGUGAAGUUUACAUUUGUAGGAUUAGUUAUUCGACAAAUAAAGUUACGAAUAAAUAUGUUACAGACCACCAUAA